GCAUUAAUCCAGUCUAGCCCCCUUCUCUCUCUCCUCCCCGUUCACUCCCCUACCCUUGGCUGGCAGACCGACUGACGCACCACUGUGUACCAGGCCCUGUUGUUGGAACCCACCCAGCCAUAGCCCUGACUGGGGUGGUCUAGCUCACUCCUUUUCUCUCUAUUGCUCGAAGCGGAUACUCCCUGCAUGGAUACACUGAGGGAGGCUGUUAGCUGAUAUUAACGGAAGGAAAAAUAUCAAGGAGGAACCCGCUGCGGUUGUUGAAUUCGAGGUGGUUUGGUGUCAGGUGUCUACCUGGUGACAAGCCCCUCCCCUCCUGACUGAACUCCUCUAUAAACACGUUGCCCUCCACUGACAGGAAGCAUGGCGGGGGCUUCAGUGAAAGUGGCAGUCCGGGUCCGUCCCUUCAACUCUCGAGAGAUCGGGAAGGAGAGCAAGUGCAUCAUCCAGAUGACAGGGAACACCACAACAAUCCUAAACCCCAAACAGCCGAAGGAGAACAAGAGCUUCAACUUCGACUACUCCUACUGGUCACAUACCACGCCGGACGACAUCAACUAUCAUUCACAGAAGCAGGUGUACAAAGACAUUGGAGAGGAGAUGUUGCUGCAUGCCUUUGAGGGCUACAACGUGUGUAUCUUUGCAUAUGGCCAGACUGGAUCUGGGAAGAGCUACACCAUGAUGGGCAAGCAGGACCAGAAGGACCAGCAAGGCAUUAUCCCUCUGCUGUGUGAGGACCUCUUCACCAAGAUCAGUGACAGCAAUACCGACAACAGCUUGUCCUACUCCGUAGAGGUGAGCUACAUGGAGAUCUACUGUGAGCGUGUGCGUGACCUGCUAAACCCGAAGAACAAAGGGAACCUGCGUGUGAGAGAGCACCCCCUGAUGGGGCCCUACGUGGAGGAUCUGUCGAAACUGGCCGUCACCUCCUACAACGACAUCCAGGACCUGAUGGAGUCUGGCAACAAGGCCAGGACGGUGGCAGCCACCAACAUGAACGAGACCAGCAGCCGCUCUCACGCUGUCUUCAACAUCAUCUUCACUCAGAAGAAACACGACAUGGAUUCAGAGAACACGUCUGAGAAGGUGAGCAAGAUCAGCCUGGUGGAUCUGGCUGGGAGUGAGAGAGCUGACUCUACAGGAGCCAAAGGAACCAGGCUGAAGGAAGGAGCAAAUAUCAACAAAUCUCUAACCACACUGGGAAAAGUCAUCUCUGCUUUAGCUGAAGUGGACUCCGCACCAAAUAAGAACAAGAAGAAGAAGAAGGUGGAGAGCCAUAUCCCAUACAGAGACUCAGUGCUGACCUGGCUACUGAGAGAGAACCUGGGAGGUAACUCUCGUACCGCCAUGGUGGCAGCCCUCAGCCCUGCUGAUAUCAACUAUGACGAGACCCUGAGCACCCUCAGGUAUGCAGACCGCGCUAAGCAGAUCCGCUGUAACGCUGUUAUCAACGAGGACCCCAACAACCGUCUGGUGCGUGAGUUGAAGGAGGAGGUGUGUCGCCUCAAGGACCUCCUCUUUGCUCAGGGUCUGGGAGAUAUCAUAGACAACUUGUGUGAUUACAACAACUUUGUCAAUAAACGCCAGGCUGUCAAUCAAAUGGGUGAUCUAUCCACAGUGACCAAUGCCAUGACUGGGAUGAGCCCCUCCCCCUCACUCUCUGCUCUGUCCAGCCGCGCGGGCUCCAUGGCAAACCUGCACGACCGCAUCUUCAGCCCCGCCUCCGAGGAGGCCAUAGAGAGACUCAAGGAAACAGAGAAAAUCAUUGCAGAGCUCAAUGAAACUUGGGAGGAGAAGCUGCGCCGUACUGAAGAUAUCCGGAUGCAGAGGGAAGCCCUACUGGCUGAGAUGGGUGUGGCCAUGAGAGAAGAUGGAGGCACCGUGGGCGUGUUCUCCCCCAAGAAGACCCCUCACCUGGUGAACCUAAACGAGGACCCGUUGAUGUCUGAGUGCUUACUCUACUACAUCAAAGAUGGGACCACCAAGGUGGGUCGUGAGGACGCCAGAAGUCGCCAGGACAUCGUGCUCAGCGGCCAUUUUAUCCAGGACGAGCACUGCACCUUCAGCAGCACCACAGGCCCCGGGGGAGAAGGGAACGUCUUCCUGGAGCCCUGCGAGGGGGCGGAGAUCUAUGUCAACGGGAAACUGGUGACCAUGCCUACUCUGCUUCGCUCAGGGAACCGCAUUAUCAUGGGGAAGAGCCAUGUGUUCCGCUUCAAUGACCCGGAGCAGGCGCGGCAGGAGCGGGAGAGGACGCCCUUCGCUGAGACCCCCGUGGAGCCCGUGGACUGGGCCUUUGCCCAGAGAGAGCUGCUGGAGAAACAGGGCAUCGACAUGAAGCAGGAGAUGGAGUCUAGGCUUCAAGAGUUAGAAGAUCAGUACCGCAGAGAAAGAGAGGAGGCCAGUAACCUUCUGGAACAACAGAGACUGGACUAUGAGAGUAAACUGGAGGCCCUGCAGAAACAGGUGGACAGAAACUCCCGUUGCCUGGAGCCCCCAGAGGAAGAGGAGGAGCCUGAGGAGGAAGUUUUUCCCGUAGUUCCAUGGACCAAGUGUGAGACGGAGCUUGCACUGUGGGCAUUCCGUAAGUGGCGUUUCUACCAGUUUACCUCCCUCAGGGACCUGCUGUGGGGAAACGCCAUCUUCCUCAAGGAAGCCAACGCCAUCAGUGUGGAGCUCAAGAAGAAGGUCCAGUUCCAGUUUGUGCUGCUGACCGACACUCUGUACUCCCCACUGCCCCCGGACCUGCUGCCCCCCAGCGUGACCAAGGAGAGGGAGAGACAGCCCUUCCCCCGCACCAUCGUAGCAGUGGACAUUCAGGACCAGAAGAACGGGGCCACACACUACUGGACCCUGGAGAAACUCAGGCAGAGGCUGGACCUGAUGAGGGAGAUGUACGACCGUGCGGCGGAGGUGCCUAGCAGCACUGUGGAGGACUGUGACCAGGCCCUGACCGGGGGAGACCCCUUCUAUGACCGCUUCCCAUGGUUCCGUCUGGUGGGCAGGGCCUUUGUGUACCUGAGUAACCUGCUGUACCCCGUGCCCCUGGUGCACCGUGUGGCCAUCGUCAGUGAGAAGGGAGAGGUGAAGGGCUUCCUCAGGGUGGCAGUGCAGGCCAUCUCAGCUGAUGAAGAAGCCCCUGACUACGGCUCUGGUGUCAGACAGUCAGGAACUGCCAAGAUCUCCUUUGAGGACCAACAGUUUGAGAAGGUAGAAUCAUUCCAGACAGAGUCGUGUUCUGGCAGCAUGUCUCACUCUAACACCUCCCAAGAGGAGCUCCGCUUUGUUGAGGGGGAGGGACAGACCUCUGACAUAGGAGCUGACCCUGACGAGGUCAACAACAACACCUGUGCUGACUUGUCCCCCGUCACAGCCACUCCGGAGGCCCCUCAGAGCCCGUUGAAGGGGGUUCUGGGUCUGGAACUACCCCUGGAGCUGAACCAGGAGAAGGCCCUGUCCCACCUCCGCAUCGGAUCCACUUUCACCUUCAGGGUCACCGUGCUGCAAGCCUCCAGCAUCUCUGCCGAAUAUGCCGAUAUCUUCUGCCAGUUCAACUUCAUCCACCGACAUGACGAGGCUUUCUCCACUGAGCCACUGAAGAACACAGGCAGGGGACCUCCUCUGGGAUUCUACCAUGUACAAAAUAUCACGGUAGAGGUCACCAAGUCGUUUGUGGAGUACAUCAAGACCCAGCCCAUCGUCUUCGAGGUGUUUGGUCACUACCAGAAACAGCCGUUCCCACCUCUCUGCAAAGACCUCAUCAGUUCGCACUUUUUUUACAGUCCCCUUCGACCUUCUAGGAGGCAAUUCCCGAGGGUCAUGCCCUUGUCUAAACCAGUGCCGGCCACCAAGCUAAACACCUUGACCCGCUCCAUGGCAGGCCCAUGUCACUCCAAAUAUGACCUCAUGGCCUUCUUUGAGAUCUGUGAGCUGGAGGCCAAUGGAGACUAUAUCCCUUCAGUGGUGGACCACAGAGGUGGCAUGCCUUGCCAUGGAACCUUCCUCCUUCACCAGGGCAUCCAGAGGAGGAUCACAGUUACCAUAGCACACGAGACAGGAAAUGACGUAGAGUGGAAGGAGGUCAAGGAGCUGGUGGUGGGGCGUAUCCGGAAUACUCCGGAGGCUGACGAGACCAUCAUUGACCCAAACAUCCUCUCCCUCAACAUCUUGUCUGCAGGCUACGUCUGGCCCUCGUAUGACGACAAUGUUUCCCUGGGAGUUGACCAUAGGACGUUUUACCGGUUUGAGGCAGCAUGGGACAGCUCCAUGCACAACUCCCUCCUUCUGAAUCGAGUCACUCCCUAUGGAGAGAAGAUCUACAUCACCCUCUCAGCCUACCUAGAGAUGGAGAACUGCACCCAGCCGACGGUGAUCACCAAAGACUUCUGUAUGGUGUUCUACUCCCGUGACGCCAAGCUCCCUGCCUCUCGCUCCAUUAGAAACCUUUUCAGCACCGGCUGCCUAAGGCCCUCAGAGAGUAACCGUGUCACUGGAGUGUAUGAAGUCAGUCUCUGCCAUGUCGCUGAUGCCGGAAGUCCAGGCAUGCAGCGGCGGCGCAGGCGCGUCUUGGACACCUCAGUGGCGUACGUCCGUGGAGAGGAGAACCUGGCUGGGUGGAGGCCCCGUAGCGACAGCCUCAUCCUGGACCACCAGUGGGAGCUGGAGAAACUCAGCCUGCUGCAGGAGGUAGAGAAGACCAGGCACUACCUGCUGCUGCGGGAGAAACUAGAGGCCACCCUGGCCGCGGGGCAGGACGCGCUCUGCAAGAGUGGCGACAUCAGCGACUUUGCUAAGAGCCCCAUCCUCAGCUACAGCCCCGGGGGCAGUCCCGCCCUGGAAAGCCCCAGCCAGAGGCAAAGGGAGCUGGCUGCCAAGUGUCUGCGGUUGCUCAUGCACACCUUCAACAGGGAGUACAGCCAGGUGAGCAGCAGUGCCAGUGAGAGCAAGCUGUCUGAGAUGUCAGCGUCGCUGAUGUCACCGUCCUCUUCUGGUCUGAGCACGCUAACGCCGUCCUCUACUUGCCCCUCAUUGGUGGAGGGACAUUAUGACAUCAGACACAUUGAGCCCAGCUCUGGAGCUUCAACCCCAGACCUGGACCCCUUCAGCCCUGUAGAUAGGAAGAGGAUCCCGGGUAGAGGCUGCACUUUCGUCCCUGACAUCCAGGAGAUCCGCGUCAGCCCCAUCGUGUCGAAGAAAGGCUACCUGCACUUCCUGGAGCCCCACACCAGUGGCUGGGUGAAGCGCUACGUGGUGGUACGCCGGCCCUACGUCUACCUGUACCGCAACGAGAGGGACAAUGUGGAGCGCGCUGUCAUCAACCUCUCCUCUGCCCAGGUUGAAUACAGUGAGGACAAGCAGACUCUGCUCCGGACUCCAAACACAUUUGCAGUGUGCACUGAGCAUCGUGGAAUACUCCUCCAGGCCAGUAAUGACAAGGAGAUGCACGACUGGCUGUAUGCUUUUAACCCCCUGCUCGCCGGAACUAUCAGGUCUAAGCUCUCCAGAAGAAAGUCAGGCCCAAGGAUGUGAGAGAGAGGAACACACACGAGAGAGGAGGGAGAGGGGGGGGGGGGACAAAGAAAACACAAUCUCAAAGCUCCACUGACCCUCUCCUGUAUACAGCUCAUCUAAACAGCUCUCCCUGUCCUAACAGUGCUCCAUCCUGUCGCUGAUACUUCCCCAAACUGCACCAUCCCAGCUGAUGCCCUAUUUGAAGCCUCUUCCUGGUUACCUGGAACAUGCACAGUUUAAACUAUCCAUCAAAAGCCCUUAAUACCCAUGUAAGACUUAACUAACAACCCGACCCUGUGUAUUGGGGCUUACCCCUGCUGGCUGUAUUGUGCCUGGUUGUGACAUGCCCCAUUGUCAUGUGCACGUAAACUUUACCGUUAUCUAACAUGCUAACAGUCCCCAUAGGGUUUAUUCAAACAAAGAUAAACAUUAUAGUGUAUAAGUCUUAGUCCAAGUUGUUAUCAGUUCCAAUGGCCUGCUACUUACUACCGCCCCACUCUGACUGUACAUUAUACCCCAGAUCAAAACCACUCAUGUAUUUCUUAUAAACACUGUAGACUGAUAAGAAAAAUAUUAAUGGUGACAUGGUAUAUUCCCUUUUCUAGUCCUCUCAUAAGAGAUAUCUGUUUCUGUGUGUGUGUUCUCAUGUUAAAACAGCAUAUCCACAUUUACCUCAUGUUGAAAUGGCUGCCAGUCGCAAACUGGAACUCGUUGUCGUUGCAUCUGUUUUGUAUCCAAGGUUUUAGACAGUAUAGGAUGAACGUGAUAUAUCCAAGGUUUUAGACAGUAUAGGAUGAACGUGAUAUAUCCAGGUUUUAGACAGUAUACAGUGGGAUAGAACUGGGGUACUGUAAUAGUUGGAUAAUGUAAUGGACAGAUUAGGGUAAUGGGGAUAUGAUAGGGCAAUAGGAUGACUCUUUGCCUUCCAUGCUUGGAGAAUGGCGGGUUCACUGUGUUGACAUUUCAUAGUAACAUGUUUGUAGAGCAUUAGGCAAUAUAAUACGCCACCUGCCUGACUCAUAAUACGCCACCUGCCUGACUCACACUGGAGAGCAAUGUGUCCUUGACCAUUUACAUAUUCUUUGUGUAUGUACAUUAUUUAUUUGUUAUUUUAGUUUUAAUUUAUAUAUCACUGACCAGAUAAAUUUAUUUGUAUGGGAUCACUGACCAGUUUAAUGUAUUUGUGUGGGAUCACUGACCAGUUUAAUUUAUUUGUGUGGGAUCACUGACCAGUUUAAUUUAUUUGUGUGGGAUCACUGACCAGUUUAAUGUAUUUGUGUGGGAUCACUGACCAGUUUAAUUUAUUUGUGUGGGAUCACUGACCAGUUUAAUUUAUUUGUGUGGGAUCACUGACCAGUUUAAUUUAUUUGUGUGGGAUCACUGACCAGUUUAAUUUAUUUGUGUGGGAUCACUGACCAGUUUAAUUUAUUUGUGUGGGAUCACUGACCAGUUUAAUGUAUUUGUGUGGGAUCACUGACCAGUUUAAUGUAUUUGUGUGGGAUCACUGACUAGUUUAAUUUAUUUGUGUUGGAUCACUGACCAGUUUAAUUUAUUUGUGUGGGAUCACUGACCAGUUUAAUUUAUUUGUGUGGGAUCACUGACCAGUUUAAUUUAUUUGUGUGGGAUCACUGACCAGUUUUGUCGCAUGGCACUUUAUUGUUGCAUUAUAUUCUCUUGAGUUGAUGUCUGUCCCAUUCACUCAGUUGUUUUUAACCAAAGCAGUCCAAUCUAUUUAAAAUAGUGAAGAUAUCCUCUGUCAUGUAGACUUGAAAAAAUGUCUCCUAGGUUUUAGUGAGAUAUUAAUGUAAUAUCUACGAUUCUGCUAUUGGCCCUGAAUGUCUGUUUAUAAGUUAAAUAUUCCACAUGGAUACACUAAGAAUGGCUCCUCUCCAGCAAGAGGAUGUUUAUUGCCUUCUAUGGUGGUGGGUGACUUUGUGUUCUAUGGUGGUGGGUUGCUUUGCCUUCUAUGUUGGUGGGUGACUUUGCCUUCUAUGGUGGUGGGUGACUUUGCCUUCUAUGGUGGUGGGUGACUUUGCCUUCUAUGGUGGUGGGUGACUUUGCCUUCUAUGGUGGUGGGUGACUUUGCCUUCUAUGUUGGUGGGUUGCAGUACAUUGAAUAAUUUUAAAGAACCCUGUGAUUAUACUCUAUUGAUAAGUUAGUGGGAUGUUUUUGACCUUUUUUCCACCAGUCGAGUGGUCUGAAAGUGCAUCGCUAUGCACCAGGUAGUGCCUCCCUUUCUCCACUUUGCUCUCUCUCUUUCCUGUUUUUCAUCCAAUCCACACUUUAGUAUCAUUGACGUCCACCACAUCAGCUCAAUGUUACAUGUAUUGAAGCAAGAUUUUAUUUACUCUGAUGCUAUGAACCUAAUAUUGAUACCGUGUGUCCAUGUGAUUCUAUCCAUUUGGACUAAUAUGUGUACAGUCUAUAGGCUACACUAGCUUCUUGUGUAAAGUAGCAGCUAACCUCCUCUGCUUUGCUUUUGUAUAGCUGUUUUACAGCCUGAUGCUUGUGUCAGAAACCUAUACAGUAUGAACCUGUAGAUGUUAUGAAGUCGCACAUCCUGGGAACUUUGGCUGUGGUUUAUUGUCGCUGUGACCAUUCUUUUACACCCAGAUGACCACAAACUGCUAUCUGAAACGAGAGUAGUCCAAAGUGAAUCAAGGUGGAAUCACGACUGAAGCAAAGUGACUCUUCAGUGCCACCUUGGUCUAGCAGCCGUAGGAGAUGGACAAUUUCAAACUGAAGUGGCCUGUCGUCUCAUAGUCUGAGUGUUCUAUGCUUUUGUACGUCCUUUCGCUUUAUUGAAAACCAAGCGUUAGUGUUGUGUUUACCACAACAUCAUGUGUGAGUGCAGAAGACCAGCCAUGGCCAGACAGCCAAUUGGAUCAUGUCCUACGGUUGUUCCUGGUUUGUAUGGCGAGGUUCGUGUUUUUUGGUCAAACACAAUUCUCCCAUCUAACACACAGUGUUGGGUUUUUAUGCAUGCCUCAGGCCUGCCAACCUACAGAGCAUGCUCAGAUAGCCACAGAAAGGGAGCAACAUGCAAGACAUGGCAUACUCACACAUGAUGUUCCUCAAAUAAUAUUAAUAAGCACUUAUAUCCUCAAUUAUAAAGAUAUCUUCUUAUAUCCUUCCUACGAGGAAUACAUUGCGUAUAUACUGCAGUGCAAUAAUUGAGAGUUGAUUGGUUUCAGUGGAAAAUCACAUGGUUAUUUUUUUUCUGUUUCUAGAAUGCUGAAACUUAAAUACAACCUAUCACAAGAUAAAUACUAUGAACUAAUUACAUUUACAACCUAUCACAAGAUAAAUACUAUGAACUAAUUACAUUUACAACCUAUCACAAGAUAAAUACUAUGAACUAAUUACAUUUACAACCUAUCACAAGAUAAAUACUAUGAACUAAUUACAUUUACAACCUAUCACAAGAUAAAUACUAUGAACUAAUUACAUUUACAACCUAUCACAAGAUAAAUACUAUGAACUAAUUACAUUUACAACCUAUCACAAGAUAAAUACUAUGAACUAAUUACAUUUACAACCUUUCACAAGAUAAAUACUAUGAACUAAUUACAUUUACAACCUAUCACAAGAUAAAUACUAUGAACUAAUUACAUUUACAACCUAUCACAAGAUAAAUACUAUGAACUAAUUACAUUUACAACCUAUCACAAGAUAAAUACUAUGAACUAAUUACAUUUACAACCUAUCACAAGAUAAAUACUAUGAACUAAUUACAUUUACAACCUAUCACAAGAUAAAUACUAUGAACUAAUUACAUUUACAACCUAUCACAAGAUAAAUACUAUGAACUAAUUACAUUUACAACCUAUCACAAGAUAAAUACUAUGAACUAAUUACAUUUACAACCUAUCACAAGAUAAAUACUAUGAAUUAAUUACAUUUACAACCUAUCACAAGAUAAAUACUAUGAACUAAUUACAUUUACAACCUAUCACAAGAUAAAUACUAUGAACUAAUUACAUUUACAACCUAUCACAAGAUAAAUACUAUGAACUAAUUACAUUUACAACCUAUCACAAGAUAAAUACUAUGAACUAAUUACAUUUACAACCUAUCACAAGAUAAAUACUAUGAACUAAUUACAUUUACAACCUAUCACAAGAUAAAUACUAUGAAUUAAUUACAUUUACAACCUAUCACAAGAUAAAUACUAUGAACUAAUUACAUUUACAACCUAUCACAAGAUAAAUACUAUGAACUAAUUACAUUUACAACCUAUCACAAGAUAAAUACUAUGAACUAAUUACAUUUACAACCUAUCACAAGAUAAAUACUAUGAAUUAAUUACAUUUACAACCUAUCUCUGGGUUUCAUAUUGUGGAUCUGUUUUUUUAUUUAUUAACAUUUUAGUCAUUUAGCAGACACUUGUUUCCUGAGCGACUUACAUGAGCAAUUAAGGUUAAGUGCCUUGCUCCAGGUCACAUCUAUAGAUGUUUUUUUUCUCACCUUGUUGGCUCGGGGAUUCAAACCAGCAACCUUUUGGUUACUGGCCCAACGCUCUUAACUACUAGGCUACCUGCCAACCCGGUUGUGGUCAUCUUGGUGUGUGUCGUAUGCAAUUGUUUUAAAACUUUGGUGUACACUGGUAUGCCACUAUUUUGCCUGCUCGACCAAUGGAAGAAAUGAAAGCUUUAUUUAUGAAUUCUUGUUUCUAUUUGGAGGUGGAUUACGUGAGUAAGGAAUAUUAGGGCUAUUGAAUUGUCAUCCAAGUAUAAUUUAUUGUACUAAUCACAUCAUCAUUUAUCAUAUUAAAAAUGUACAGAAUGCAUAAGAUUGUUUGGGGGUUACAAUAUUAUCCCUCAAAAGAAGGAGAUGUUGUUUUGUUUGAAACUGUACUAUUGUCGCUUUAGCGUUUAGCGUCUACUAACUCUUAACUCUACUUCUUAAAACUAGGAUACUAAUUAAAACUAGGAUACUUCUUAAAACUAGGAUACUUCUUAAAACCAGGGUACUUCUUUAAACUAAGAUGCUCCUUAAAACUAGGAUGCUUCUUAAAACUAGGGCACUUCUUAACGCUAGGAUACUUCUUAAAACUAGGGUUCUUCUUACAGCUAGGAUAUAUGAAGUUCCAUCCUCAAGGAAGAAGUUAAAACGAUGCAUUUGAAGUUCCGUGAGCCGGCUAUAUAUACAAAUACAGAUGGAUUCUGUUACUGCUUUGACAGCUUUUUAUGUAGCAUUACAUUUCCUGGAUCCAAGCAUGUGGAUCUGCCUCUUCUUCACCCUGCUCUCUCUCUUUCCCUCACUGCUUUGCUAAUGACGCCCUAUCCCCCUCAGUGCAGCUUUGUAUAGAAACAGCCCCGUAUACUAAACGCCCGCCUAAAUGACUCUGCAUUGAACUUGUCAUUUGAUUGGCUCUUGUCUUGUCAAUAAUGAACCUGAUUGGCUGUGGUGGGUCCGAUCGCACAGAUGUAACCCCCGUUCCAUAAUAACUGGCCUGUGAUGUCAUCGCAGUGCUCACGUUAUCUUUUGAGUGUUGGAGUUCUAGUGUCUUCUAAUGUUUGUGGACACGUAAACAAUUUGUCAGAAUAAAGUGAAAUAAAUGUGGAACUUAUGCAACAUUU